AUGCGGCCGUAUAAUACCCGUCACAAGACGCUCUCGCUGCAUUCGCUGGGCAUUCACGUUCCUGGGUCUCAUACCGGCCGCGCGCCUGCGAAUCGUCGAGCCUCUUCAAGCAGUACCUCUCCCGUCUCCAUGGCUUCUCCUGCAUCUCCCUCAAAACAACCCCAACCAACGACAAAACGGCUCAAGCGCACGUACAGCGAGUCCUCUGAUGAUGCGCCUCAAAUCGGGCGCAUGGCAAAGAAGCGCGAGAACAAUGCCAAGUUCGAUAACACGCCACCACCGUCACCCCCGGCCGAGCGCCCCUCCAUCGAGAUGGGCGACGAGGAGAGCGCAGACCCAGAACCAAUCGACAUGAAAAGCAUCAAUGACGAGAUCGUUGAGGCGGUCAUCAUCCAGCUGCAAAGCACAGGGAAUCGCCCGCACCUGGUAAAGGAGCUGGCUGCGAUUCUGAUGCCACAACUGAAGAUCGUUCAACAAUCUGCGAACCCGUGUGCCAUCAUCUCGUCGCGCCUGGCUGCGUACCUGAAGAGGUCUGAUUGGUCUUCAGCCGGGCGAUGCCCGUUGGCGAAGGAACUUGAGACGGUUCACCCCCGGCGCACAUACUUUUACCUCACCACCUGCGCGCACCAGCCACUGCCGGACACUACGCAGGGCUCUCCAUUGAGCCAGCUCGCGCAUAGCCGUACUAUGGCCUCCCCGAGCCCGUCAAGCGCCCCGUCCAUGACCGCUGACGACUCGGAUUCGGAGAGGCAGCGCGAGCGCAGCCCCAGCCCCGAGGUUGACCUGUCCAGCCCCGAGUUCGACGACAUGGAUGACGAUGCCGCCAUGCCCAGCACACCCAUUGGCUCGUUUUCCAUGCGCGGGUUCUACGUGCCGCGCCAGGUGCACAGCGGUCGUCACGGCCGUGCCGGGUCGCCCCCCUUGGAGAAGGACGAGAAGGAGUUCACUCAGACGGCGGAUGGCCUGCAAAGGAGGAAACUCCACGGCGAUCCUGCCCCGUCGAAUAACGCGCACGCGGCCGACCAGACGUCGAGCUUGAUGGAUCUCGAAAGAGACGAGAGCUCGCUGUUUGGCACCGUGAGCGCGUUUUCGGCGGCUUUUGUCUCUAGUCCGGCGAUUCGGCCGUCAGUCGUGCCUCUCCAGUUCGGGAGAAAAGACGGCGACCUCGACAAUUGGACCAAACUUGAGGGUAUGCUGGAGUGGGAUCGCAGUCCCGAGAGCAUUGAGCUCGACGAGCUUGAUGGGUUGUUGAAUGACUACUGA